AUGGAGAACGGCGGGGGGCCCUCGCUGGGCCAGUUCCUCCUCCUGGGCACCAGCUCCGUGGUCACCGCCUGCCUGUACUCCGUGUACCGGCACAAGGCCCAGGUCGCCCAGGAUCUCAAGGGAGCGAAAAGAAUCAACUUGGGGAAAGACUUAAAGAGUGUCCUUUCGGAAGCUCCGGGAAAAUGUGUGCCUUAUGCUGUCAUUGAAGGAGCUGUGCGGUCUGUUAAGGAAACGCUCAACAGCCAGUUUGUGGAGAAUUGCAAGGGGGUGAUUCAGCGGCUGACAGUUCAGGAGCACAAGAUGGUGUGGAACCGAACCACCCACCUCUGGAAUGACUAUUCAAAGAUCAUUCACCAGAGGACCAACACGGUGCCCUUUGACCUGGUCCCCCACCAGGGGGCCCGGGGUGUGGCCGUGCGAGUGCUGAAGCCUCUGGACUCCGUGGAUCUGGGCCUGGAGACUGUGUAUGAGAAGUUCCACCCCUCCAUCCAGUCCUUAGCUGACACCAUCGGCCACUACAUCAGCGGGGAGCGGCCCAAGGGCGUCCAGGAGACCGAGGAGAUGCUGAGGGUUGGGGCCACGCUCACAGGGGUGGGCGAACUGGUCCUGGACAACAACUCCAUCCGCCUGCAGCCCCCCAAGCAGGGCAUGCAGUACUAUCUGAGCAGCCAGGAUUUUGACAGCCUGCUGCAGAAGCAGGAGUGGAGCGCCAGGCUCUGGAAGGUCCUGACGCUGGCAUUUGGCUUUGCCACGUGCGUGGCCCUCUUCUUCAUCCUCCGAAAGCAGUAUCUGCAGUGGCAGGAGCGCCUGCGCCUCGAGCAGAUGGAGAAGGAGUUCCGGGAGCACGAGGCCCAGCUGCUGAGCCGAGCCAGGCCCGAGGACCGGGAGAGCCUGAAGAGCACCUGUGUCGUGUGUCUGAGCAACUUCAAGUCGUGCGUGUUCCUGGAGUGUGGGCACGUGUGUGCCUGCACCAGCUGCUACCAGGCUUUGCCAGAGCCCAAGAAGUGCCCCAUCUGCAGGCAGGCGAUCACCCGGGUGAUUCCCUUGUACAAUAGCUGA